UCCAAAUAGUUCUAAAUCCAAUUGUAGUCAUCAAUGGUGGGGAAGAGGAAUUACAAUGUCACUCGUGGCUAUAGUGGAAAAUGUUACAAGCAGUAAAGAUUAAUCCAUACUGGUUGGCGACAGUGUGCUUGAUGCGUUAGGGGCCACAGAGUACACAGGCAGGUGUUGAGGCAAAACUCAUGCAGGCACUGAGGAAAGCUUGAGUUUUGGCCUUGAGAACUCUAAAAAAACACUAUGCAUUUCAAUAUUGGAUAUCAGAACAUCUCCCCUGACAAUGCCACACAAACUUCAAUAGACAAACGGGGCACAGCAAGUAUCGUAAUAUAUUCUCUAAUUUUAACUCUGAUUCUGCUGCUGUCGUGCAUUGGGAAUGCGUCGGUGAUUGUGGCAAUCUUUUCCAUUCGAAAGCUUCGCCAAGAUCUCUCGAAUACCUUCCUCAUAAAUCUUAGCAUAACGGACAUGGCUAAUGCCAUCUUAGUGAUGCUAUCAUCCCUGAUAGCGGUGAGUACGGACACGUUGACCGUACACACGAGCUGGUGCAAGCUACAGUGUGGUUUCAACUACUGUUUUAUCAUCGUCUCAAUGUUGACGUUGGCCAUGAUUAGUAUAGACAGAUACCACGCCAUCAAAAACGCACUCACAUUCUCGGAGGUAAUAACAAAGAAACGUAUAUACCUCAUGAUAGGAUACGCAUGGUUCCAAGGACUAGUGUUUGCAGUUGUACCAAUAACAUUAGACUGGGUACAAUACGACUAUUGGGAAAUAGUUUGUGCAAUAGAUUGGUUUCAUGAUACUCAUACGCUGUAUUACGUCCUUGUCGCUUUCAUUCUCUGCUUUGCAAUUCCCGGCGGCGUUCUUAUCUACUGCUACACGUCAAUCGCACGGACAGCAAAGAGACUUGCAGCUAAUACAGUCGGCCUGGGCACAGGGGAAUCCUCAGCUGACAAAAGCCUCGAAAGGACAAUCAAAAGUCUCUUAAUAGUUGUGGCAACAUUUUUUUUCUGCAUGACACCGUUUUGCGUGACGAAACUGCUGAAAGUUGUAACUAACAAUCCAGCCUUCGUGCCGGGCCAUAUCAAUACACUGUCGUCUUUAAUACAGUAUUUCGCCAGUGCUACAAACCCGCUUAUUUAUGGUAUCUUCCGAAGAGACUUCCGUAAAGCAUUCCUCUAUCAAAUUAAGAAAUUGUUCUGUUCUUCAGUGCACGUCCAUCCGGAUGACAUCCUGGACACGACUACGUCACAGAUUAUUAGAAAACGCACAUCAACAAUGCUAACCCCACCAGAAGACAAUUGCUACGUGAUAGAUUGUAACAAUUAAGAAGAUAUAGACAUUUUUAUUUUGGUGUGGAUUUUUGGAUUUUGGUCACAAACAUAUAUUUCAUAAUAGGUAUUAAGACAGGGUGCAUACAGGGUGUAUCAAAGAAUGAAAUCUUCAUUGCUCAUUUUUUACAGAAAAAAAUUCGAAUCAGGACAGGUUGGUAUAUGAAAACUUUAAAAUUGCAAAUCAGUCAUGAUAUUGUUGGAUAUUGCAAACAAGCAGCUUUAUACUGGUCCCCGCAAAUCAUUCAUGGAACUGUUUGGCUUGUAGCGCACAGAGGUUCAAGUCAGUGAGAUCGAAUACUACGUUUUUUGACUCCUUUACUUCACUGUCAAUAAAACAAAAUUCUUUCUCUAUAUGAGAUUUUAAAGACCUCUGCGACAAGAUCUCAUAGACAUUUGCCAUGACCAUGUAAAGCAAUGAGAACAAUUUCAAACAAAGUGAAAGCCAAUUUGAAGGGUGGGAGUCUCGUUCACUUCAUUUUGAAAGAGUUCCAAUUGCUUAAGGAUUUCAGGUUCUAGCCAAAAUGGUGCGUUUGGUCGACUCAGGACUGAUUGACACAUCUGGAACUUAAAAUUCAGAACAACCUUUCCGCUUCCUUUCAAAUCAGCAAGGGUUUUGCCAGAUCUUGUAUAUCAAUAUUUGUACUUGGUCUCAAGAAGUUAUUAGAGAGGUUUAAAUAUCGUUGAUGUCAUCAAGUCAAGUCUAUUAUUGUAUCAUUGUAUUACUGUUUCUAGGCACAUCAUGAGACAUUAUUUAAGUUACACACUUUUUCAUUGCAUUCCUCACAAAAGGCAAGGCAAUAUUCUUCGUUCAAAUCCCAUCUCAUCUCGGAUCAGAAUCUGAACCUCUCCAUUCUGUCUCCUCUUUGUAUUCGAUAUAGUAAGAGAUAUCAUGGUGCUGUGUUGUGCUCAAUGUGUUUGAACAACUAAUUUCUACACGCUUAAUAAGUAUAAAAAUUAUCACUGUAUUCAUACAUAUUAGAGAAAAACAUUGAUUGCUCUAGUCUGUAUCUGUGUUAACACCUUCUGUAGGCAUUUGUCUAUCGUCGAGGCCAGUUAACAGUUAAUUAAACUGUUAACAUUAGUAGUUAAGUAGUUAUGUAUUCAUACAUAUUAGAGAAAACAUUGAUUGCUCCAGUCUGUAUCUGUGUUAACACCUUCUGUAGGCAUUUGUCUAUCGUCGAGGCCAGUUAACAGUUACUUAAACUGUUAACAUUAGUAGUUAAGUAGUUAUGAAUUCAUACAUAUUAGAGAAAAACAUUGAUUGCUCCAGUCUGUAUCUGUGUUAACACCUUCUGUAGGCAUUUGUCUAUCGUCGAGGCCAGUUAACAGUUAAUUAAACUGUUAACAUUAGUAGUUAAGUAGUUAUGAAUUCAUACAUAUUAGAGAAAAACAUUGAUUGCUCUAGUCUGUAUCUGUG